AUGCCUGUCAGUGAUAUUGUGGCGCCUUCUUUAUCCACUCACCAGGAUGAGGAGGCAUUUUCUUAUGCAAAGGUAGACAAGGCCGAGAUCAAAAGAAACCACCUCCAGCAUUUGGCGGGUGAAGAUUAUCUCCAGAAAAUCUACGAAUACUACAGUCUUGAGGAGCUUGUGGGGUUGUUGAGCGAGAAAAUUGCCGAUGCUGAAGGUCAGGAACUGUUCAAGUAUAAGAGAAUUACAUUUCAGUUCCCUGAUUCCUUGGUUUGUGAUUCUGCUGCAGUUGCUCAAGAAGUUCAAAAACGUCUUGGAUUGACGUCAGAGGUGCAGAAACAGGAUGGAGAAAGGGCCCAAAAUGAUGUUCCUGGAGAAGACGCUUGUGCUUGUGGAUCUCAUGUAUUGUCUGGAUCUUGCAAGAAAGAGGCAAGCUGUUUUAAAGACGGCUGUAGUACAGAAAAGUCUCCAUUAGAAAAGCAAAGAAUCUGGAUCUUGGCGGACACCUCCUACUCGUCAUGUUGCAUUGAUGAGGUCGCUGCUGAGCACGUAAGUGGAGAUCUUGUGGUCCAUUUUGGUGACGCUUGCUUGAACCCCGCUGCGUCGAUCAAAUCUGCUUACAUCUUUGGAAAACCAUCGGUUGACAUCGAUGAACUUGUUAAAGCGUUCAAAGCUCGGUAUCCUUUGGAAGAGUUUGCCGAAUCCAAAAUUGUUCUCAUGGCCGAUGCUCCACAUACUCAUUUGUUGUUUGAUAUUGCUCAAAAGUUGCCUGAGUACUCGACUUUUGUCGCAGACUUGGAAGUAAAGGAUGUCAAUGCUACUGUGCUUGGAUACAAACAGAAUACUUUCAGUGGAAACGAACUAAGAUCCAUGAACAGAGUAUUCCUGGGCAUCAUUGCUUCGGAGCAAGGCUCAUCCUCUUACGGUGAGUCAGAUUCUGAGUCAGAUUCAGGUAUCAACUCGAAGUACGAUGAGGUCCUCACCACUUAUGAGCUAUUCCACAUAUCACAGCCUGAGGCUCCUCGUCUUCUCCAGUUGACCACCAAGUUCCAGUCUGUAAGUGUGUUUGAUCCGGUAUCAAACAGAGUGGCCCAAGGUCCAUUCCCCAACUUGAUGCGUCGGUACAGAUACAUGCACAUGGCUAGAGCAGCAGGAACAAUCGGUAUUCUUGUCAAUACGCUAUCUUUGGCCAACACCAAGAGCUUAGUCAAUGGAAUUAGCAAGAAAAUCCGGGAAGAAGGUAAAAAACACUACAUUUUUGUUGUCGGAAAGCCCAACGUGGCCAAGUUGGCUAAUUUCGAUGCCAUUGACAUGUGGUGUAUUCUCGGAUGUGACCACCAGGGAAUUAUCUUGGACCAAACGAGCGAGUAUUUCAAGCCCAUUGUCACUCCAUACGAGUUACUUUUGGCUCUCAGUGACGAGGUGUCGUGGACCGGCAAGUGGGUGACGGAUUUCAACCGAAUCCUUGAUGAUCUUGGAGUUGAGGCAGAUGAGUCCGAUGCGGCCGAACAAGAGCCAACUGAGCUCAAAGACGAAGACGAGGAGCCACAAUUCAACCCUGUAACUGGCCAGUACGUGAGCAAUGCUCGUCCUUUGCAUAGACUCCAGCAUCUCCAGAUUACUCUGGAAGAGAACGAAGAGGAAGAGACGGGAGCUUUGGUGAAGAAACUCUCCUCUGCUGUGGCUGUGAGAGGCACCUAUUCGACAUCAGCAGCACAUUUGCAGACGAGAGAAUGGACGGGAUUGGGAAGUGACUGGCAGGACAACAACGAUGGUGAAGGUGCAUUGGUUGAGGAGGGACACAGUGGAGUGGCUAGAGGGUAUGACUAUGACCGUGACAACAAGCCAUAG